AUGGAGGAUACUGCUGCAACUGUGGACUACACCGUCGUCCACCCUAUGCCAGGCCACGGCAAACCGCUCGACUACACCCCCAAGAAGGGCGAAGACCCGCUCUAUAUCGGGGAUCCUUUCCCCUCUGCUCUGUCGCCUGACGAUAUUGACGAAGGAGGGCGUGCAAUCUUGCCAUUGACGACGUUGAGAGAGUUUAGCAUGUUGCAAUUCAUGAAUGCGAUUACUGAUAAAGAGGAUUGGCAUAUCAAGGUACUCGAUGACGAGAUUGCGAAUAAGUGGAAGACUGAGGCCACCGAAGCUGCUCGAGCUGCUCUGCGCAGGCAAUGGGGGACGGAGCGAAAUCUAACUUCUGAUACCACGGGAACACAAGUACGGGAGCCUGUCUCUACUAGUGAAGAUGAUAGUGCUGAAACUAGAGAUAACCAGGGUGGAGAGCCGGUGCAAGAUGGCGGUGAUAAUGACCGGGAGGACGAAGAAAGCGACGACGGCAACGGCAACGGGAACAACAACGCCAACCUCGACGCAUGGCCCAUCUACACCGUCCGGCGCGACGAAUCGGCUAUGACGCCCGCCAUGGCCGACUUUUGCAUCGAGGAACUGCGACAUAAAGCCCGCUCUUUCCAGAACUCGCCCAACGGCGCGAUCGUGGUGUACAACGGGAACGUCGUCAAGUCCGAUACGGCUGUCCCAGCACAGGUGAAGGCUGCCUUGCAAAAGGCGGUUGAACCGCUCGAGAAUGUGCCGGCUCAGCACAAGGAUUGGCACCCGGGUUCUGAUCAGCAGGUGUUGGACCUCGUGCACCCCAGCUUGUUCCCCCUGGUGUAUGGCAAGUCCAAGGUCCUCCCCGUGGGUGCUAAGGUGACCAGUUUGGAAGCUGGGGAUGCGGUGAAGCGGUGCGGUGAAGGGGAGGUCCCUCCGGUUUCAGCGAUGCCGGCUGAGGAACGAAGGGGUUACUGGAGUCAGCGAAACCAAAGGUCGAGGUUUAGCGACAAGUUCCAGUGGCUGCCUUGUGAGAUGGAUGUAUCUGGUGAUAGAGCCAAGAUUCUUUCGUAUAUCAAUAAUUUGCAUCCUGAACUGCAUCAGGAUUUGUAUCGCGUCGUGGAGGAUGUCAUAACGGCCGCCAUCCCCCUCUGGGACCUCACGCUUGCACCCCUCGCCGAUAGCAGCUACGAAUACCCUCAACGCAUCGUCUACGAUGGAGUCAUACACGACCCUGAUCCAGAAUACAUCCCUGAUGACGAGGGAGGCCCAGGACCUACUGGUGAGGAAGACGAAGACGAUGUGGACUGGUGGAAUCUCCGGCAGGAAUGGAUCGAGAAGUUCAGGAGGGUCGUCCUUCCUGACGUCGAGGAGCCUUUUGAUCCCGAGACGUUUGGGAGGACCCCUGCGCCGUUCUCGCUGAAGAACAUUGGGAAGGGUGGGAGGCCCCUGCAGGUUAUUGUGAAGCUUGCAAAUAUCGAGUUGACACCUGAGAAGCCGAGAUAUCCUGGGGGUACUUGGCAUGUUGAGGGACAGCUGAACGAACGCAUUGUCGCUACGGCACUAUACUACUACUCGUCCUCAAACAUCAGCCACUCUUCCCUCGCGUUCCGCCAACUCUCCGACCCCGAAUCGACCAACGACACGUUCUACCCUCAAAGCGUGCACGACUGGCUCACCGACGUCUACGGUUGCGCGAACGAGGAAGGGGCCGUGCAGGACGUCGGGUCCGUCCUCACCCGUGAAGGGAGACUCCUGACGUUCCCCAACAUUUUGCAGCAUCAAGUCCAGCCGUUUGAGUUGGAGGAUAAGACGAAACCGGGUGUUAGGAAGAUUUUGGCGCUGUUUUUGGUGGAUCCGCAUGUGAGGGUGGUUAGUACGGCGCAUGUGCCGGUACAGAGGAUGGAUUGGUGGAGGGGGGAGUUGGAGGGUGGACAUGCCUCAUCGUCGAAUGCCAGUUCCUCUUCGAAUGUCGGACCUGGACAAGGAGGAAAUACGGCGGUGUUGAAGAAACUACCUGUGGAGUUGCAGGAUCAUGUGUAUGAAGAGGUGGAUGGGUUCCCGAUUGGUCUCGCGGAGGCAAAGAAGUUGAGGGAGGAGCUCAUGGAGGAGAGGAAGGCGUUUACUGUUGACCAUGGGAAACUGUUUGGGAGUGGGGUUACGUUCUCGCUCUGUGAACAUUAG